AUGAAGCUUUCAAGUGGGGUUGCCGGGUUUAUCCAGCUAAGAUAUUUGUCGAGCAAGCGGAAGCUUGCAGUCGUCGGCUCUGGACCUUCGGCAUUUUACACAGUUUUGAACAUUCUCAAAGAGAAACCCAAUGAUUUUGAGAUAGACAUGUUUGAAAGAAACCCUUCUCCGUUUGGACUUGUGAGAUAUGGAGUAGCACCGGAUCAUCCUGAGGUCAAAAAUUGUAUCGAUAGAUUCAACGAUGUGUCAGAGUUUAUUCCUACAGGUGCGUUUAAGUACUACGGUAAUGUAUCGGUAUCUGACCCUGAUAACCAUGAUGGGAAGCCCCAGUUGAGCUUGAAAGAUCUAUACCAAAACUAUAAUGGAGUCCUGUAUGCAUAUGGGUCAUCUAGUGCAAACGUUCCGGAAUUAGCUGGAAUUGAACAUCCAGCAGUAAUCGACUCAUUCUCUUUUGUUGGAUGGUACAACGGGCACCCUAAACACGAAAAAUUGAAAGUUCCACUGGAGAAGGUGGAGAAUGUUACAAUUAUAGGCAAUGGUAACGUUGCCAUUGACAUAAUUCGUGUUCUUUUAGCGCCACCUACGCAGCAUUGGGCGAAAACGGAUAUAUCGAAGGCUGCGCUCGAAGUGCUGGAGGCCAGUAAAGUGAAGAACAUUAAUGUUGUUGCUAGAAGAGGUGUCUUGGAAAGUAAGUUUACAAACAAGGAGUUGAGAGAGCUCCUUGAAAUGGACAAAAUAGGAGUAUUUUUUUCGGGAUGGAACUCUGAAGAGUUCAAGGACGAAUUGAAGGAAACAAAACUAGACCGAGUUAACAAGCGUCGUGUUUCGCUAUUGGACAAAUAUAUCGGGAAGUACUCAGAGGAUCAGCUACGAGAUCCCAAGGCUAGGACAUGGAGCCUGCAGUACUUGAAGUCCCCUAUUGGAGUCAAGGUAAAGGACGAUGAGUUGUUGAGUGAGACGAUAUUCAGUGUGAACAAGAAGGUCAAAUCUGCCGAAAGUGGCAAGUGGGAGAUCCAGCCUGCGGGAAAAAUCACCUCUGUUUCAAACGAGUUACUCAUUCUAGCUACUGGGUACAAGUGUGGGCCUUUAUCGGAGUUCAAGGAGUUAGGCAUUCCAUUCGAGAAGGGCCGGAUUCCCAACGACAACGGAAAGGUUGAUGGAGUGGAACAUUCCUACUGUGUCGGCUGGGUUGGCAAUGGGUCGACGGGAAACAUCAACAGCACUGUUGUGGACAGCAUGAACGUGUCCAUCACGAUUGUCAACGACAUGUGCAACAAUGGUGACACCGAGGUGAAGAAGGGGAGAGAGGCGAUCGAUGAGCUCUUACACCAAAAGGCAAUCCGAAGCGUCACGUGGGACGACUGGAACCAGAUCCACAAGAAGGAAAUCGAGGAAGGGUCCAAGACUGAGAAGCCGUAUGAGAAGAUGACGUUCAAGAAGAUGCUAGAGGUGGUUUAG